AUGGGUGAUGGAUGGAAAGACACUAGGCAAAGACCAUUGAUUAAUUUUUUGGUUUAUUGUCCUAAGGGUAUUUCGUUCAUUAAAUCUGUGGAUGCAUCUGAUAUUGUAACAAGUGCAGAAAAUUUGUGCAAUUUAUUUGCUGAAAUUGUUGAGAUGGUUGGUUCAAAUAAUGUGGUGCACUCAGUUACUGAUAAUGCUAGCAAUUAUAAAGCUUCUGGGUCUUUGUUAAGUGAAAGAUAUCCGAACAUUUGUUGGUCACCGUGUGCUGCACACUGCAUCAAUUCGAUUUUGAAAGACAUUGGUGAAAUGAAUGAUGUAAAAGCUAUUGUGUCUCUUGCUUCAACGGUGACUGUUUUUAUUUACAAUCAUAAGUUCACUUUGAAUUGGUUAAGAAAGACUACAGGGUGGAAAGAAAUUAUUCGUCCAAGUGAAACUCGAUUUGCAACUACCUUUAUUGCAUUAAAAAGUUUGCAUGAUCAUAAGGAUAGUUUGCAAUCUUUGGUUACUAGUGGGGAUUACAAACAAUUUCUGAGAAUAGAAAAAGGAAAAGAUGUGAAGCAAAUCGUUUUGGAUGAAAGGUUUUGGAAUAACUGUUUGAUUAUGGUGAGAAUAAUGGGUCCUAUCAUUCGUUUAUUGCGUAUUUGUUACACUGAUGAAAGGCCUUCAUUGGGUUAUGUUUAUGAAGGCAUGUUUAGAGCAAUAAAUGGCAUCAAAAGGCUGUUUAGAAAUAAAGAGAGAUUGUACAAGCCUUAUAUUGACAUCAUCAGUGAUAGGUGGGAUAGAAUGUUGAGAAAAAAUCUACAUGCUGCCGCUUAUUAUUUGAAUCCUGCUUUUCAAUAUGAGAGUGCCACAUUUUGUACACAUCCAAAGGUUAUAAAUGGCUUGCUUGAUUAUAUUGAAACAAAAGUGGAUUGGUGCAACCCUGAAAAAUUAUCGCAAGAGAUUGGAAUGUAUCGGGAAAGACAAGGGAGUUUUGGGCGCAAACUUGCUAUUCUUACUAGCAAAUCUGAUCGGCCAGAAGAAGAACAAGAUGGCGAGCUUAAUUGUGAUGAAUUGGAGGAAGAACUCGAAGAACUUCCUAAAGAUGAUUCUCAACUAGUUGAAGAUGAUGAAAGUGAAGUUGGGGAAGAUAAUGAUAUUGAUUUGGAAGCAUUUCAACGUAGGCGCCUUUUGGAUGAUGAUGAAGAUAAUGAUUGGUAA